GAAGGAGUAUCAAUUGAUCCAAUUGCAAAUCCACCCACAGUAAGGGUCUAUAGCUAUAAUUCCAACACCAAUAAUGUCAUUUGGCAAGAGUUUAUAAAUCCUCAAACAAUUACUUCACAAGUUCUUACUGGAUUUGUAAUGAAUAUGCAAGAUAUCCUUUAA